AUGUGUCAUCCUGUCCCAUCCUGUCAUCGUGCUGAGUAUCUGUACAAGGGCGAGUGUUGUCCCAUGUGUCCUGCAGGGACGUUCGUGAAGAAGGACUGCUCUGAGUUCCGCAGCACCUCCUGUGAACCAUGUCCUGAUGGUACGUACCAGGAAGAGCCGACCGGGCGGGGACAGUGUCAGCGCUGCCGCAUGUGUGCUGCAGGGUCUGGUCUGAAGGUGAAGGCCCCGUGCUCCAGAACCUCUAACACUGUGUGUGAAGCAGACGAGGGACACUUCUGUCUGGGGCCCCUGGAGGACUUCAGCUGUGGGGCCUCACAGAGACACAGGCGCUGUCUGCCAGGAGAGUACAUAAGGAAACCAGGUGGUCCCUUCGCAGACACAGAGUGUGGUACCUGUGCUAAUGGGAGCUUCUCUAACGGGACUCUGUCGCUCUGUCAGCCGCACACACAGUGUGAGCAGUUGGACAAAGUCACCGUCGCAGCAGGAACCUCUGAGUCGGACGCAGAGUGUGGAGAGAAGACCCUGGGACUGGAGAGUCACAGCAGACGUCUCGACAUGAACAGACCUGAAGGGGGCAGUGUUUUCAUGACUCAGUGCCUCAAUAAGGUGUCAUCUCAGCAGGUUCUGACGCCUAUCUUCAGGAUGGAGGAUCCUCCUCUUGGCUCUCGUGACCAGCCAGAACCAGCCCCAGAGAGACUGUUGCCCCUGGUGUCCAGCAGAGGCGUUGGUGAAGAACAACUGCUCAAAGUUCCGCUGUAUCUCCUGUGA